GUGCCACGUGCAGUGAAGAGGCAUCCGACUAAUAAAGAAAGUUCUGUUACAAUACGAACCCUAGUCCUUCCACCGGCGUUUAUGGCAGAGGAAGGGUCCGUCGAAUUCGGAGAGAGCGAAGUAGAAUCGGCAGAGCUCAGCGAUUUCUUCUGCAUCCACCGGAAGAUCUCUGAGCAGCGUCGCGGAAGGUGAUUAGGGACUAUUAUAGAUUCGCUAUGGGGAAGGGUCCCUUGUCGUUCCGCCGUCUUACGAGCAUCCGUCACCGGAAGAAGGGUUCCGCGGUGAACGAUGACACCCAGAUAUCGACGCCAUCAUCUCCACCGCCUCCUUCGCCGAUUAAUGCAGGCGGAUCGGCUGUGGGAGGGACGGGGAAGGCGAAGAAGAAAACCGGAGGAGCGAGGCUGUGGAUGAGGUUUGAUCGGACUGGUGCUAUGGAGGUGGUGGAAUGCGACAAGAGCACCAUCAUCAAGCGUGCUUCCGUUCCCGCUAGGGAUUUGAGGAUUCUCGGCCCUGUUUUCUCUCACUCUUCUAACAUUCUCGCGAGGGAGAAAGCCAUUGUUGUCAAUUUAGAGGUGAUAAAGGCAAUAGUUACUGCAGAAGAAGUGCUGCUUUUGGAUCCUCUCCGCCCUGAAGUUCUUCCACUCAUCGACCGACUCAAGCAACAGUUUCCUCAGAGGAAUGGGUCAGAAAAUGCACCCCAAGCUUCUGCAAAUGUACAAUCUGCUCUUGAUCCAGAAGCUGCAGAGGGCUUGCAGAGCGAGCUUCCUUUUGAAUUCCAGGUCCUGGAGAUUGCGCUCGAGGUUGUCUGCUCGAUUGUUGAUAGCAGUGUGGCAGCACUUGAGACAGAGGCUUGGCCUAUCCUUGAUGAACUCACCAAGAAUGUCAGCACGGAGAAUCUUGAAUACGUACGAAGUUUGAAAAGUAACCUCACCCGCUUACUAGCCCGUGUACAAAAGGUGAGAGAUGAACUCGAGCAUUUGUUAGACGACAACGAAGACAUGGCGGACUUAUACCUGACAAGGAAAUGGAUCCAGAACCAGCAAACGGAGGCGAUACUUGAGGGGACAGCAACAAAUAGCAUCCUCGCGCCACCGCAUAACACAUCAAACAGAAGCGCGAGCAUGGUGACGAGCAAUAUGGAUGAAGACGACGUGGAGGAUCUGGAGAUGUUGCUGGAGGCGUACUUCAUGCAACUGGAGGGAAUGAGGAACAAGAUUCUGACGGUGAGGGAGUACAUUGACGACACGGAAGACUACGUGAACAUUCAACUGGACAACCAACGUAACGAGCUGAUCCAGCUGCAGCUGAUUCUGACCAUAGCCUCUUUUGCAAUAGCUGCAGAGACAUUGUUGGCCAGCUUGUUCGGGAUGAACAUACCGUGCUCGUUGUAUGACACACAUGGCAUCUUUGGGUACUUUGUGUGGAGUAUUACUGCGCUUUGCUUUGUGCUUUUCAUGGUCACCCUUGGUUACGCCAGGUGGAAGAAGCUGCUCGGCUCAUAAACCCAGUAAUAGACAUGUUUAGUUCGUAUGUUCCUGGGAUUUAUUUGCUCUCUUCCUCACACGAACAAUAAUUUUCUUUCUUGGAAUCGAGACUUUAGUUCCACUGCAUUUCACUUGUUGGGUUUGGGUUACUGUGGUCCUGUGGAAUUGAAAACCGAUACAAUCAAACCAUUACCGUACAGCUUUAUAAUCUAAAACCAGUAAAUUUUCGUUUAUCC